GGGGGGUCUGUACAAAGGGUGCCUGGAUCUUUUUGGCAUGUGGGGGACUCAAAUCAGAACAUCUGGGGCUAUGAGGGAUCUGCACCCAGAGCACCUGGGUCCUUUUGGCAUGGGGGGGGACUCAAAUCAGCACACCUGGGUGGGUCCCUGUGGGCUACCAGGACACCAGCAUACAGGGGGGUGGCAGAGGGGCUGUCACCCAAACCAGGCUGCAUCCAACCCCUUCCUGCCACCCUGGUGUCCCCUCAGCAGCCGCUGCUGUGGCCCCUCCAGCGCCGGCCCUGCCAUGAACUGCCGCGCCGAGGUGCUGGAGGUGUCGGUGGAGGGCAGGCAGGUGGAGGAGGCCAUGCUGGCCGUGCUCCACACCGUCCUGCUGCACCGCAGCACCGGCAAGUUCCACUACAAGAAGGAGGGCACCUACUCCAUUGGCACCGUGGGCACCCAGGACGUGGACUGCGACUUCAUCGACUUCGCCUACGUGCGCGUCUCCUCCGAGGAGCUCGACCGGGCGCUCCGCAAGGCUGUGGGGGAGUUUAAGGACGCGCUGCGCAGCUCCGGCUCCGACGGCAUGGGGCAGAUCUCCCUGGAGUUCUACCAGAAGAAGAAAUCACGGUGGCCCUUCUCAGAUGAGUGCAUUCCCUGGGAGCUCUGGACCAUCAAGGUGAACGUGGUGAACCUGGCCAACGAGCAGGAGCGGCAGAUCUGCCGUGAGAAGGUGGGGGAGAAGCUCUGCGAGAAGAUCAUCAACAUCGUGGAGGUGAUGAACCGCCACGAGUACCUGCCCAAGAUGCCCACCCAGUCUGAGGUGGACAAUGUCUUUGACACCAGCCUGAAGGACGUGCAGCCCUACCUGUACAAGAUCUCCUACCAGAUCACGGACUCCCUGGGCACCUCGGUCACCACCACCAUGCGCCGGCUCAUCAAGGACACGCUGGCGCUGUAGGGCUGGUGUCACCCAGGCAGGGUCACUGUGACACUUUUGGGGCAGUGACUCUGCUUGGAUUCCCCUCCUUCACCUCCAGAAAGCUUCUGGGAGGAGCUUGGCUUGGCCUAGCCUGUAAUUUGGGGGUUGCUGCUCCUUGGUUUAUGCCGUGGGGUUUUGGCCAUCCUGGAGAACUGGCUCAGUGGCUCCAGCCUGGCUGAUGAGCAGGGUGAGUCCUCAGGGCACGUGUGGCACCAGCCCUGAGGGGUGCUGGGGCCUGGCAGAGGGUGCUGGGGGUCAGGGUGACACCCCACCCCACCCCUCUGCAGCACACUUGGUGCCACACAGCCAGUGCUGGCCGUGUCCCUUACCACCACCUGUCCCCAGUGUCACUCCUGUCCCUGGGGGGCCAGAGCUGCCCCAAAAAUAAAAGAAUUUCUGCUUUCA